AUGCCCGGGACAGCGACGGCGAUCGGGGUGCUUCUGGGGCUCGGCACCCAGAUGUACUCCAACGCCUUGCGGAAGCUCCCCAUGAUGAGGCGUGCGUGAUCCUCCUGCUCGCUCCCCUCUUCCUUCUUCGAUUCUCCUUCUUGUGAUUCAAAGUUCUCCUCGCUUGCUCUGGGCUGGGGGGCAUGUUUUGCGGCACGGUGAUCCGCGGUGUUUUCCGGUGGAAUGAGGGUUGCUCCGGCGGGUUUCUUGGUCUCUGCAGAUCCGUGGGAGCACGUGCUGGGAAUGGGGCUGGGCGCCGUCUUCGUUAACCAGCUGGUGAACUGGAACGAUAAGCUCCACGAGGACCUCGGCAAGAUGAUCGACAAGUCCAAGGCGGCCAACGAGCGCAGAUACUUCGGUACCCAUUUCUCUCCUCUCUCUCGUUCUUCUAAUUCUAGGCCCUGUGUCAGGAUCUAAUUUUUCCAAUAGCUCAUCUUCCUCUUCGGGGCGAAGGAGUUCGUCGUGCCCCACUUUCCCCCGUGUUAGGGUUCAUAGUGAACAUGAAAUCGCUAGUCGAUGGGAACCAUCUCCCGGGCCUCAGUGAAAAAUGACAGAGAUAACCCACUCUCCUACACCAAUCUGCUAAUCCCGAGAGAGGAUCCUACAGAAAUGGAGAGGUAUUAUUCGCCAAAAUAAUCUAUGAGCCAUGCAUUGCCAAGGGGGCACAAUAAUUCAUGAAAACGCACUAAAAGAUUUAGGAAUCGAUAAAUCCCAAUCGGCAAGAAACACAGCCCAAUACAUUAUAUAAGUCAUAUCCAUUACAAUGCAUCAAAGCUAUCGAACAAAAGAAUGGAAAACAGACAACAGCAAGCUAUCCUGUUCUUGAACUCUGGAAAUAACUCCGUUCGGCCCUUGUUUUUCUCAUAUCAAAGGAUGGAAAUUACUCAUGAAAGAUGAUCCCUUGACCAUAGUGAGGCAGCAUUCAGAAAGCCGGCUCUUUUCGCUUCCUAUAAAACUUAAAAUCCCUGUUGUGUUCUUUGGGGUGGUCAUUGUCAGUAAGCUGCACUAUUUAUUGUCUUCCUAGCGGUGGUAUUCCUUUAAAAGUACAAAUAGCGAAGUAUAUCCCCACUGUUUGCUGAAACAUUCUCUCAUCAAUGGUUCUUUCGGAGGGAAUAUUAAUUGAUAAUCGUGUUUAUUUUGUCAAUUAAUGCUAAAUGUCCAUGCCCCAUGGGCAUAAUUCAGAAGCUGCUUUGACAGGCUUUAUUUCCUAUUUAUGUUUAUUUUUAUUUAUUCUAGAUAAAAUGGCUCGUCUGGUAAUGAUGGUUUGCUUCAAUUGCUCGAUAUUUCAUGUGUGCCUGAGCUAUUUUGUUGACCUGGGCACCUUGACCAGAUGAUCCACCAUGUGGAUUGAAAUUUCUUCUUUUGUUACUUCCGGGAUCCUGUUAAUGCGUGCUUCCUCGAAGUGACCUGUACCACCUGUAGCCAUCGCUGUGGUAAAACUUACGAGUUGUGCUGUAAUAUUAGAGUAAAAGCUGUUCCUUCCAAAGACGGCGAGAAGCGUUAUGAAGAUACCAUGGAAAUAUAUCAAGGUAGAGAUCUCGAGGCUAGUCUUACUAUUUAAUCACACAUCGAGGUACCCCAGUGGAGAAACUACAUACUGAGCAGAGACUAUAAAUUCCUCUGAUUUAGUCCCCAUGGCAUGUAAUGUCUACCUUGUCACCUCGUAGUUUAUUUCAUUCAUAAUUUUCCAUCUUCUUGCCGGGUUCGUUCUUCUUCUCCUUCCUGACAGCAAUUAAGGCUGGUUUUCUUUCUACCAGGUUAGUUUGCAAUAAACAAAUCUGCUGCAUCUUGCGUGGUUACUUGGGAGAGGGAUUAAAGGAAAGAUUCUGACGAAUAA